UAGAUGGAAAUUCAGUAAGUAAAUUAAAAUGAACUUGGACGAAUGGAUGGUAAGAAAAAAAAAGUGAAAGAUGAAACUUUACAUUCUUUUUAAGCAGUAGAGAUAGAUAUAGACCAAUGAAUUGUUCUCUUAGCUUUGAGCUGUAUUUGAACAAGACAAAUUAAUUAUGUGUACAAGUUCAGUGUCGUUCAGCCAUGUUCAAAGGGAAUUUUAUAUCCAACUUUAAGAUGAAUUCAUCUAUGAAGCAUCAUGCUGUUACAAUUAUAAUGUGAUCAAAUGGUCAAAAUGUUAAUUACCACAAGUUAAAUGGGCCCAUUAAUCAAUUUCGGGAUUAAUACCAAUUAAAUUGUAAUUAACAAAUCGGGCCCGUGAUUGGGGGGCUGAAUUAACGCUAAUAUGGUUAAGGUCCCACGGUCAAAGUCAACCCAUUAUAUAAGGAGCAGACUUGCACAUACGCAUCAGUCCAUCGCAUUAGCCAUCGUCUAUUCCGAAAAUCAUUCCUUUUUCCAAUCAGGAGAGCACGGUUCAUUGAUGUGAAGACUUUCCAUUACUCCGGCGAGGUGCCGGAGACGUUGUUGUUCUUCGUCCUCUCUAGACCCGAGAUGGCAUCACCAAACAGAGCUUUGAACCCAUCAGUUAUUUCCGGGCUCCUGAACUCAAUUGAGCACCUCAAUGGGACUAACUUUCCUACCUGGAAGGAGCAGAUUUUGAUUAACCUUGGUGUCAUGGACCUUGAUUAUGCACUUAGGGAAAAAGCUCCAGUUCCUUUGUCCUUUGAUGAUGAAAACCUUGCCGAGAGAACUAAGGUUUAUGAGGCUAAUAAGGAGAAGUGGGAGCGCUCCAAUCGCUUGUCUAUCAUGAUCAUGAAAAUCACAAUUACUCUUGGGAUUAGGGGAGCAAUCUCUGAUUCUGAAUGUGCUAAGACUUAUCUAGCGUCGGUGGAGGAGCAAUUUAAAGGCUCAACAAAAGUCUAUGCUAGUACGUUGAUCAUGAAAAUGCUCACCACUAAGUAUGAUGGUAAAAGCGGCGUGAGAGAACAUAUCAUGACUAUGAAUGAUAUGGCCGCAAAAUUAAAGGGCAUGGACAUGAAGAUUUCUGAGGGCUUUCUGGUUCACUUCAUUAUGACUUCUCUCCCUAUGGAGUAUGGUCCCUUCAAAAUUAAUUAUAAUACUCAGAAGGAGAAAUGGACCAUGAGUGAGCUCACAUCUAUGUGCGUUCAAGAAGAAGAGCGGCUUAAGGUUGAAAGGAUAGAUUAUGCUCAUCUUACUUCCAUAAACUUAGGGAAAAGAAAGUCUCAGGGUGAUGGGAAACCUAAGAAGAAGAUGAACUUCUCUAAUAUUGAUGCAAGCAAGCUAGGGAACUCUGGAACCAAGGACAUCGCUACAGAGCCUAAGGGUCCUAAGUGUCAUUUCUGCAAGGAAGAUGGGCAUGUCAUGAAAGAAUGUGAUGGCUUUAAGGCAUGGCUUGCUAAGAAGGGGAUUCCAUUCCGUGAGGACACUGAAAAAGAUGGAUCAAAGCCUUAGAUUUCCAAGUGGCAAGGAGACUGAUGAACAAGGAUUAGUAUGUCUCCUUGAGUAUUGGUGAUUGUUCAUCCUCCGUCGUAAUAAUACUCUUAUGUUCCUAGCAUGAGGGACCUUAUUUUGUUUCUCUAUGAUAUGAUGGAUUUGUUAUUUUGCGAACAAAUAUUGUGUUAUUAAGAGUUGUCAUGAUGGUUCUGGUUGUGUUA